AUGGAUACAUUUCAUCUUCUCUGGGUUUCUUUAGCUCUCAGCUUUUCAGGACCCGGAGUGACAGGAGAAGCAGGCCUACCUUGUGGAGGUCGUUUGAAUUCCAAAGAUGCUGGCUAUAUCACGUCUCCUGGCUAUCCCCAGGACUAUCCCUCUCACCAGAACUGUGAGUGGAUUGUUUAUGCUCCAGAACCCAAUCAGAAGAUUGUCCUCAACUUCAACCCUCAUUUUGAGAUCGAAAAGCAUGACUGCAAGCUGGCUGCUGUGAGGAGUAAGGAAUGUGGACAGGUGAUUCCCUCAGCCCCAGGACCCAGCAUCCUCCUUAUUGUCUUCUGCCCUCUGCCUGCUCCCCUCACCUUGACGUCGGGGGCCGAGGGGCUUCUUGUCGGGGGUCUGGUCCCCUUGAUUCUUGGGCAGGAGCUGAGCUCGGAUCCCUUCUUCCCUUUCUGUUAUCUCCCUCGCCAAGUUGGAAGCUGUCGAGUGAUAGCAUGUGGCUUGUGGAGCUGGGAGGAGACUGGACACCAUUUUGCCUUAAACGAGCUGCUUCUCCUUCUGCUUCCCUGCACCAAGAAGGCUUUCUCUGUGUGUGACACAGCCCGGGGAAGGCAGCAUCCCAUGGAGUUGAACAUUUCCAGCUCGGCUCCGUACCCCGGAGGAAGAAAUUUGUUACAUGUUAUUUUAACAGGCUCCGAAGACUGUUCAAGAAACUUCACCAGUAUGAAUGGGACCAUUGAAUCUCCUGGGUUCCCUGAUAAGUACCCACACAACCUAGACUGUACCUUCACCAUCUUAGCCAAACCCAAGAUGGAGAUCAUCCUUCAGUUUAUGACGUUUGACCUGGAGCACGACCCAUUGCAGGUGGGAGAAGGUGACUGCAAGUAUGACUGGCUGGACAUCUGGGAUGGCAUUCCUCAUGUGGGUCCUCUGAUUGGCAAGUAUUGUGGAACUAAAACUCCCUCAAAGCUCCGAUCUUCGACCGGCAUCCUCUCUCUCACCUUCCACACUGACAUGGCAGUAGCCAAGGAUGGUUUUUCAGCACACUACUACUUAAUUCCUCAAGAAACUCCUGAAAACUUCCAGUGCAACGUUCCUUUGGGGAUGGAAUCGGGCAGGAUCUCCAACGAGCAGAUCAGUGCUUCUUCCACCUACUCAGAUGGGAGGUGGACUCCCCAGCAGGGACGGCUGCACAAUGACAACAAUGGCUGGACCCCCAAUGUGGACUCCAACAAGGAAUAUCUACAGGUGGACCUUCGUUUUCUGACUAUACUCACAGCCAUCGCGACCCAGGGAGCCAUCUCUCGGGAAACUCAGAAUGGCUACUAUGUCAAAUCCUACAAGCUGGAAGUCAGCACUAAUGGCGAAGACUGGAUGAUGUACCGACAUGGCAAAAACCACAAGGUAUUUCAAGCCAACAAUGAUGCAACUGAAGUAGUUUUGAAUAAGAUUCAUACUCCAGUACUGACUCGGUUUAUCAGAAUCCGCCCUCAGACCUGGCACACAGGCAUUGCCCUGAGGCUCGAGCUCUUUGGCUGCCGGAUUACAGAUGCUCCCUGCUCCAAUAUGCUGGGAAUGCUCUCUGGCCUGAUCUCAGACUCCCAGAUCACAGCCUCCUCCACCCGUGAAUACCUCUGGAGUCCAAGUGUGGCCCGCCUGGUGAGCAGUCGCUCGGGCUGGUUCCCCCGCAUCCCGCAGGCUCAGCCCGGGGAAGAGUGGCUACAGGUGGACCUGGGCGUGCCCAAGACCGUGAAAGGGGUGAUCAUCCAAGGAGCUCGAGGCGGGGACACCAUCACCGCAGUGGAGGCCAGGGCUUUUGUGCGAAAGUUCAAAGUGUCAUACAGUUUGAAUGGAAAGGACUGGGAAUACAUAGAGGAUCCAAGAACUCAACAACCCAAGCUCUUUGAAGGGAACAUGCAUUAUGAUACUCCCGACAUCCGAAGGUUUGAUCCUGUCCCUGCCCAGUACGUUCGAGUGUAUCCAGAAAGGUGGUCGCCGGCCGGGAUCGGGAUGCGCCUAGAGAUUCUGGGCUGUGACUGGACAGAUACGAGACCCACUGUAGAGACCCUAAGACCAACUUUGAAGAAUGAAGAGACAACGACUCAGUAUCCUACAGAUGAGGAAACCACAGAUUGCGGUGAAAAUUGUAGUGCUGAAGAAGACAAAGAUUUUCAGCCUCCGCCAGGCUUCAACUGCAACUUUGAUUUCAUGGAGGAAAGCUGUGGUUGGAUGUAUGACCAUGAAAAGUGGCUUACAAGCACCUGGACUGGCAGCUCAAGUCCCAUCGAUAACGCUCCCCCAGAUGGCAGAACCUAUUUGAGGCUCCAGAGCAACGGAAGGAGAGAGGACCAGCACGGCCGGCUCAUCAGCCCUGCCCUCUACCUGCCCCGGAGCCCUGUGUGUAUGGAAUUCCAGUACCAAGCCACAGGUGGGAGUGGCAUCGCUCUGCAGGUGGUUCGGAAAGCGAGCCAGGCCAGCAAGCUCCUCUGGGUCAUCCGGGAAGACCAAGGCAACGAGUGGAGACAAGGAAGGAUCAUCUUGCCAAGCGAUGAAAUGGAGUAUCAGAUUGUCUUCGAGGGAAUUCUGGGCAAAGGACGCUCAGGAGAGAUCGCCAUCGAUGAUAUCCGGAUAGGCACUGAUAUUCCUCUAGAGAACUGCAUGGAACCUAUCACAGCUUUUCCAGUGGACAUUCCAGAAAUACCAAGAAUAAUAAACAGCGAGAGAUAUGAAGAUGAUGAUGAAGAUGAGUAUGAAGUCGACUGGAGUAACACCUCCUCCCCAACAACUGGUCCAGCUCUUCCCAAAGAAGACAGGGAGAAGAGCUGGCUGUAUACCCUGGAUCCUAUCCUGGUGACCAUCAUUGCAAUGAGUUCCCUGGGCGUGCUACUAGGGGCCAUCUGUGCUGGCCUCCUGCUCUACUGCACGUGUUCCUACACUGGCCUCUCGUCCCGGAGCUGUACCACACUGGAGAACUACAACUUUGAGCUCUAUGACGGCAUCAAGCACAAGGUCAAAAUAAACCACCAGAAGUGCUGCUCGGAGGCAUGACUGAUUGUACCCGAAUCACAUUUGACGUUUCAUUCCAGCAGGAGUGGCUGGUGAAGAUUACUUUUUUUUUUCCUAUGGGAACUGAAUGCCAUAAUCUCAAACAAACCGAUCCAGAAUACAGACAGUGAGGGCAAGACAGACUGGGGGAGUGAAAGUGGGGAAGAGGGAGGCGUGGUCCACAUGGGAGAGUGGCUCCCACCCAGGACCACAGUGGCUGAGUCAUGACUGGAAUGAGGACUUGCUCUCUGCUGGGACAAGGACAGGAGCUUGACUCUUAGGAUUUUGAUUUUGCCUUUUGUUUGAGGAUUUUCUUUAAAAAAAAAAAAAGAAAGAAUUUUUUUUUUAAAAUUUUCAUCUUUGAAGGACUCAAAGGAAAUAGAAGAAAAGAAUGACCUUUGUGGUGCGAGAAGUACAGAUCGUUACUCCCCACUUUCUUUUCCUAAUCGGUGGUUGAAAGGCGAAGGAUUUUUCAGCUGGUCUAUCUUUAGAAAUAAAACACAAAGAGCCGUCCAGCUUAUCCCCUUCUCAGAUAGGCUUGUGAUUUAAGGGAUUUGCUACUGGGUCAGGUUCUGCCAACUGAGCCUGUGUGCUGCCGUUUCCCAUCAGUCCUAGAACUGAAAUUGAAUGUUGUUGCCUUUAACUUUUCUUAUCCAGGGGAAAAUUGCCGUUUGAGGGUCAGCAGAAACAGCAGCUCUUUCUUAUGUGUGAUUCAAAACAAAACAGAAAGGAAACUUCACAAGUCACAAUCCAUAA